GCUUCGCUGGUUUCAAUGAAAGAGGGGGAGAAGAGUAAUGCAGAGGGAUGUAAGAUGGCAGAGCUACAAAUGUUGUUAGAGGAAGAAAUCCCGGCUGGAAAAAGAGCCCUAGUGGAGAGCUACCAAAACCUUUCGAGGGUCGCGGAAUACUGCGAGAACAAUUAUGUGCAGGCACAAGACAAGAGGAAAGCGCUUGAGGAGACCAAAGCCUACACCACCCAGUCCCUGGCGAGCGUGGCCUAUCAGAUCAAUGCCUUAGCCAACAAUGUGCUGCAGCUGUUGGAUAUUCAGGCUUCACAGCUGCGCAGGAUGGAGUCCUCCAUCAACCACAUCUCUCAGACUGUCGACAUUCAUAAAGAAAAGGUUGCCAGACGAGAGAUCGGGAUUCUCACCACCAACAAAAACACAUCUCGGACCCACAAAAUCAUCGCCCCCGGCAACAUGGAGCGGCCCGUGCGCUACAUCAGGAAGCCCAUAGAUUACACCCUGCUGGACGACGUGGGUCACGGUGUCAAAUGGCUUAAAGCAAAGCAAGGGAAUAACCAGCCAGCUCGGGGAGGCGGAGGAACGUUAUCCAGGACUAACCCACCCACACAGAAACCGCCAAGCCCACCCAUGGCAGGGAGAGGCACCCUGGGACGAAACACGCCGUACAAGACACUGGAGCCAGUCAAACCUCCUGUGGUGCCUAAUGACUACAUGACCAGUCCAGCUCGCCUGGGCAGCCAGAACAGCCCAGGACGCACCGCCUCGCUCAACCAGAGACCCCGAACGCACAGUGGCAGUAGCGGGGGCAGCGCCGGGCGAGAGAACAGCAGUAAUAGUAUGGGAAUCCCUCUGGCUGUGCCAACACCCUCCCCUCCCAGUAUGGCACCAGCAGUUCCUCCAGGUCCAGGUUUGGGCCCGAUCCCGAUGUCUCAGUUUGGAACAAUCUCCCGACAGAUCUCCAGACACAAUUCCUCUACCACUUCUUCCUCUGCCUCUAUGGUGUCAGCCACCGGCACCUACCGGCGCGCCCCUGCCAGCUCCUCCCAGUUCUCCGUGCCUCAGCCCCACCUGAACGGGGGUCCCGCGUACCCCCAGACCACAAUGUCUGUCGCUCCACCACCUCCUCCCCUGGCGCAGCUGACGCCCCAGAUUCCUCUCACUGGCUUUGUGGCCAGAGUUCAGGAGAACAUAACAGACAGCCCAUCUCCACCCCCUCCUCCUCUACCUGAGGACACGCCCCUGUUUGAGGAAGCAGCUCCGCCUCCUCCACCUCCACCUGUGGAUUAUGAUGAAGAAGACGCAGCUCUGGUGCACUACAAUGACCCCUAUGCUGAUGGAGACCCCCACUGGGCCCCAAAAUCCUACAUAGAGAAGGUGGUGGCCAUCUAUGACUACACAAAGGACAAAGACGAUGAGCUGUCCUUCAUGGAGGGUGCCAUCAUCUACAUCAUCAAGAAGAAUGACGACGGCUGGUUCGAGGGCGUGUGUAACGGCGUGACCGGACUGUUUCCUGGCAACUACGUGGAGUCCAUCAUGCACUACGCUGACUAACGCUCAGUCCCAGAGACGGCGUACAGCGCAGCCAAUCAGUUACAAACAUUGCAAAGUGCAUUAGGAUAUGACUGAAUGUUCGUUUUCGUCCAAUCGCCAAUGUAUCCAAACAUCUGCAGUGCUCAAGGUUCAAGGAGACAGAAGAGUAUGAAAAGAAACAAGUCUCACUGCUUUCUGGUUAGGUUGCCUCAUAUAUUUUGUACAUAUAUUGCAGUGAGACGUUGCCUGUAGGCUGUUGCUAGUGUUUGUUUUUGUGCGUGUUUUGUCAUCGUAUAGAGACCGUAUUUGCCAAGUGUCAGCUAGGGCUAGUUAGUUUUGAUUUUUACAAAACCGCUUUUUUUUUUUUUUACCUAAACUAUCAAGCUCUUCCUUUUACACGAGGAAGAAAAGUUUGAAUGUCAUUUUCUGGACUAUUAUUAUGCCUGAAAAAUCAUUAGGCAACGAUAUAAAAAUGAAAGUUACGUCUUUUACCUACAUUUCGCCUUCAGGUUUUGUGUAGUUUUACCUCAUGACUGCAAGGUGAGGGAAAAGACAGAUGCAGUAAUGUGCAGAGAUUCUCCUGCAUAUCAGACUAAACUUUAUAAACCUGUGACCAUUAUAUACAGUUUUUAUUUCGUUCAUAGACAACAAUGCCUAUUUGUUUUGCGUUAUAUCUUUAUAUUCACAACGGUUAAGCACAUUCUCCCCCGAAUUCCUCCUAUAAUGCAAAAAAAAAAAAGAAAGAAAUCUCGUUCUCAUUGCUGUGAUGUCUUUCUCGUACUGCCAUUAAUUUACGCUGAUUUUUAAGUAUGAUAAAAAUGUAUUACAGUAAUGAUAAUCAAUAAUGGGGGGAAAAAAGUAAAAUGCCUACAUCACAUGCAAAAAUUCUCGAUGGUCCUACAGGCUUCGUUUCCUUUAUGCAAAACAAUUCUUUUUUUUCUUUUGCGACUCAGACAUGUUUUCACGAGGUUCACCCGUAUACUGUGAGUUAAACCGUGCCAAGCUGGUCUUUUGAUGGUGUUUUUGUUGAAACUGCUGAAGUAUUGUGAAGUUUUAUGUUGCACUGAGCGGGCGACUCUGGCUCGCUUAGCGGGAGCCAGUCUCUAGCAAUUGCCCACAGAUUCGAGUUUGUUACACAAAAGUAGCAGAAAUCCAUUUCUUUCAUUGUAUAUUUCAUGUAGGGGGACCGUGCAGAGCUGAAUUUGUCUUUUUCUGUUCUCGGGCCAGUUUCGCUGAAUUUAGAUGAUAAUCCAUAGAUUUCAUUGGGGGGGGGGGGUAUUAAAAAAUCAAGUUGUGUAUAGUACUGAUGAAUGUGAGCUCAUAACUGUUAGCAUGGCACAAACAUCAAGACGAUUCUGGUUUCUGGUUUUUAGAAGCGUCUCAAACUGCUGUUGAAGGCGAGCAGUGUUUAAUUUAUUUAAUCCAAUGAAAUAUCUGUGAGAAUGUAACUCACAUAGAGCUGUCUGAACAAUGACCACUUGAUGUUAAGCAUUGCAAGGCCUUGUCAUAUGAUGUGCAAGUGAUCUGUAAUUUAAAUGUUCCUUUGCAGAUUAUCUGCAAAUAAUAUAAUCUCUGUUAUCGUUUUGUAUAUAUAAUCUGUUUUUCUUUUUAUGUACAGUCUCUUUUUAUAAUAAAGCACUCUCCUGUGCAACA